AUGCUUCUGUUCAUCUCCGGCGACGUGAAAGCGAGUGAAUGCACGGGCCCGGGGAUUAACCCCGUUACGGACGUUUCGUGGCAGUGCAUUUUUCCGAUACAAAUUGCCGGUAUUGUUCAGCUUGGAUCGAAUCCCGACGACGCUGACGACAUUGCUAAUCCGGUUUGCGUCUGCACGGGCGGCACCGUUCCAAAGUUUGGGCUGACGGUCAGUUUUUGGGAACCGUCUCGACUGAUUGACACGGUGUCGGAUCCUUACUGCCUGAUGGCGUUGGGGUCGAAGCUUGCCAAUCCCAGACCUGGGAGCCUCGGUGGUUCGAUGGACCGUGACGAGAACAGCCAACGCGCGUUCCAACAAAUGCACUACUACAUCUUUCCAGUUUGGUCGAUCCUGGAUCUAUUCACUGAUAUCCAGUGUUUGCAGGACGAAACGUUUGAUGUCGCCAUGAUGUCGGAACUCGUCCCAACCUGGAACGACGACAUCCUGUCCACCAUUGUGAAUCCAGAGGCCGUGCUUUUUGCAAACCCCGUGUCGCAAUUGGCCUGUGCAGCAGAUGCCUCAGCGGUCCUGUUAGGUAAGCCGCGCAACGAGUUGUUUUGGUGUAUGGGCAGUUGGGGCAGUGUUUACCCCCUCGCCGGGUCCAUCACGCUCACAGAUUACGUCGAGGCUAACGCUGGCUUGGCGGCACGAAGUAUCUACUUUAUGGGCAGAACCGGGCUGCUGUGGGACACAGCGCUCGAUGGGUGUUCAUUGCAGUACACGCCAAUCUGGCGCAAAGACCGCUUCAAGCUGCAGCUCGCCAAGCCGGUGAAAGAUGCGCAAGUGGCAGAAACCGUUGGCGACCAAGUUGUGGUCUCAGCCGAAGUUCAGUCAGCGCUUGAUGCGGUCAUGGAUCGGGUUAAAAGCCCGGAGUGGGUGGCGCAGCAGAGCCGCCUUAGACGAGACAUUGGUGUUCUGACGGGGAUCGUCGAUGAGGCGGAAGACGAAGAUGCGCCAUACAUCGCGGAAGACCGCUUGGUUGUGUUUGUUUCGUCAUCGAUGCCGCUCAACACGCUCCGCAAUUAUGCGAAAGACCUGGAUGAGAUAAAUGGCCUAAUGGUCAUGCGCGGCAUGGUUGGCGGCAUGAAAAGCAUGGGCCCGACGCUGGCGCACAUCAGCAAGGUGCUACGCAUAGACCCGAACUGUACGGGUGGCAACUGCCCGAUGCGAACGACGAACUUCGUGAUCGACCCUGUGCUUUUUCGGGAAAACGGGAUUGCCCAAGUACCGGCGGCUGUUUUUGUCGAAGACAUGCCGUUGGAACCGUACUGCGAACGAUUCGAAGCCGACUCGAUUCCCGCAAAAGCACGCUAUGUCGUGUACGGCGAUGUCUCGGACACUGUGAUGUUAGGGCGCCUUGUACAACGGAUCCUCACACCGGCGACGAUCGAGUGGCGCACGUUUGGUUGGAAACUGGGAAUUGUAGCUCUGGGGUGCGUCGCAAUCUUUCAUGCAGAGCGUCAUAUCUUAGUCACUGUUUCUGCGUCGGUUGAUGAGCGAAUCUUUUGGCGAACAAGCGCACAACCGGACAAAGGGGACUACGCCACAUUCCUAUUCAGCCACCCGUUGGCCGGAGAAGAACCGGUUCGAUUGACAAAGCGCCUCGUCUGCUGGGAGGGCGAUCUGCUCACAAUCGAUGGCCGCCAACACUAUUGUAAUGGCCAGCCACUUGGCCUCGCAAAGGAAACAGGCCUCAAUGGGCAGCCCCUACCGCUUUUUAUUUUCAAUGACCGUGUACCGCCCGGGAAGGCUUUUGCGUUUGGUGUUCACGCAGACUCUUUCGACAGCCGGUACUGGGGACUCAUUGACGUCGCAUCGACGGAACGAUUGGUCCCGCUAUAUGCCAGUGUUGCGAUACUGGGGACGCUAUUUGGGACGACAGUUUCUCUUGCGUACGCCGAGACCGCUCGCGAGACCGAGAAAAAAGGUUUCUGGUGGUAUGAAGAAAAACCGACGGAAGAAGAAGAGGAGGCCAUGGCGCGGUAUGAACUGCCUGCGCUGCCCUCAAUGCAGGUACUGGCCGAGAUGCAUCCGUUGGACAUUAAGAAGGAAUUGGAGGACCGGAAGGUCUACGCAGUCUGGAAGCAAACGCCCGAAGCGGUCCUUGAUUACUACAAAGUGCAGGACGUCGUCCGGCGCCAUGCACUCGCGUUUACCGCCCUAACAAAAUACGUGAUGCUUAAGAACCCAGAGCUCAAUGCGCGCUCCGCGUUUGCGUCAUCAGGCGCUGGCCGAGAUAUUGAGACUCAGGUGCGCGGUGAUCGCAUCGAGCGAUCUCUGAGUAGCUCACGCAACGACUAUGCAUUGAUUAUGUUCUCCUCGCCCGAAUGUCCGUACUGCACGAGUCAGAUUAAUGUUCUGAAGUACUUUGCCGACCGGCACCACUGGGUGGUUGAUGACGUCGACAUUACUCGGGAUCACGCCUUACAGGCACGAUUCAACAUCACGACCACGCCAAUGACCAUCCUCAUUGAACGCGGCUCCGAGCGUUGGAUGCCGAUCGCGAUUGGCCUUGAAUCAGUUGCAGCGAUUGAAGACAACACCUAUCGAGCUGUACGGCUACUCAAAGGCGAGAUUACAGAAAAACAAUUUUUCACGACGGAAUACCAGGAUGGCGGCUUCGCCGAUACCGUGGUGCCGGAGGAGGCGGGCUGGACAGACGACUGGUUUAACAACGCAGUCGUGACGGGCAGUAGCAGUUAUCAAAACCAGCAACGUGGCUUUUAUUCUGCCGGUGGUUUUCAGGGGCGAUUGAAUAUGGCCGUUGAUCACCCAAUUACAGUGACUUUGCCGAAGCUAAAAAGCGGCUGCGGCGGGGUGGAUCUGUUUCUUGGCGGCAUGUCAUUUCUCGAUGCUGAUUACCUCGUCCAAAAAUUUCAAAAUAUCAUUCAAGCGUCCCCGGCGCUGGCAUUCGAUAUCGCGUUAAAGGUCAUGGCAAAAGAGCUGUCUGACUCGAUGUCAAAGCUGGAAGGAGCAACCAACUGGCUGAACAACCUGCAGCUGGAUGACUGUGCGAUAUCCAACCGUGUCGUCACGGCUGUCGCGGAAGACGACCCAGAUGUGCUUGGUGCGCUCUGGAAUGAAAUUUCUUCUGGGGAAAGCCUGAGCCAAUCGAUUAAUAAGUCGUAUGACCAAGCCCAGCAAGACAUUCAAGCCGGCAACAACAAUCCGAUUGUGGAUCUCAAAACGCAGAUCUUGGAGUGCCCGGCAGAUUUUCGGACCCUCUUCGGCAGCGGAUCAAUUAUAGAAAAUGCAGCCACCCUAUUCGGGAUUCCUAGUAGUGCGGACAUCAUACGCGGGUACAUUGGCGACGUGGUUGUCCGCGCUGAGGCUGCGGAUCUGAUCCCGGUGGCUACACGUAUAGAGGGUUGUCCCACCAACGAUCAGAUUGGCAUUGACGACAUGUUAGACGGCACAGCACAAGCCAAGUUGGUGGACGGAACGUGUGUAGAUGACAACGCGGAAUCAAUACAAGUGAUUGUUGGAGAUCGGUUGACGGACAUUGCUGACAAUAUGGCCGCAAAAGCACCCCUAACGGCGGCGCAGGUGACGUUCAUCGAGCACUCGCCCAUUCCAAUUUACUCAAUCCUGCGCAAAGCGAUUGCACAGCAGAACACACCCAUGACGAUCGCGGUGAUGACAGAUGUGGUAGCAACCGCUUAUGCGUACAAGAUAUUCGACGAUCUCUAUCGCAAUACCAACUAUUUAUUCCAGAAGAUCGAUGCUAUUGCGACGAUGCCAGGCGUUGAUGGUGCGGCGGUCGGCAAUCAGUGCAACGUUCGAGUCUUUCAGAAAGGCCUCAGCGAAUUUGGUCGCUUGCAGGAAUCAGUUCGCGAGGUCCGGCAAGGCGUGAACGCGAUCUUCGAAGAAAAGCAGCGCUUGAGGCGACCAACUGAUAUCGGAACAGGUGCCCAGAAAAUGAAGAUUUUGGCUAUUCGUUUUACGCAGUUAUCAGCAUUACUGGUCGCACUGAUGCCGGCAAGCGCGUUCGCGUUGGAUCUUGACUAUUACACGUACAACGGCUUUGAUCAGACGGUUGCUGCGUUCCAACGCCUCGCUCUUGUUUUUGGCGACAACGAAUACCUCUAUCUCAUCGCCAUCGCGAUAAUCCUUGGCAUUGUAUUUGCCGCCAUGGCGUCCGGGGUGAAAGCGUUGGCUAACAACGCCAGUGGCAGCACCUGGUCGUGGGCAUUUAUGACGUUAAUCGGGGUGCUCAUCUUUCGCGGCUUGGUGAUUCCUACGGGGACGAUGCAUGUCUACGACCCGGUCAGGAACGCCUAUCAGCCUGUAGGCGGUGUCCCAGACUUGGUUAUUUUUGUCGCUGGCGCGAUGAACAAGGUUGAGCGAAUCGUGGUCGAACUGGUCGACAACAACGGUGCGUUCCCGUACGCAGACAGCGCAGGCGGAAUUAACUUUCAAAUGCUGCUGAGCGCCAUGAAUGAUUACAACGGUGGAUUUUCCGACUAUUACUUAAACAAUUCGAUUAGGCGUUACUACAUUGAUUGUUCACAAAUGGCGUUGAUUCAACCGGCCUAUAACUUUGAUCUGAACCAAUUACGUAGCGGGACAGGCAGCCUGUUUACGCUGUUGCAGGAACUGCGCAGCCCGGCUGACUUCACCGAAUUUUAUGAUGUCGCAAACAAAGGCGGCGUUGCCGUGAGCUGUGAGGAUAAUUGGAACAAUAACCUUCAGCCCCAAUUGAACCAAGCCGCGCUCUAUGCGCCGAUGCUCAAUACCGUUUGUCAAAAAUCGGGUUUCAACCCAAGGGAUGUGGCCCAACUUGCACGUUGCCAGGCGAUCCUGUCGGAUCAAAACCUUUCAAUCUACAACACGGCUGGCGACCAUAUUCAUUUUCUGAGAAACGCCGCGUUGGCGACAGCGAUUGCCUCAGCGCUGCAAGAUCAAAAUCCGGACGUCGGAUUACGCGCGUUAACGAAUCGGGCUGUGUUGACAGAAGGCAUCGGCAUCGCGCAGUCGGCCAAUGAAUGGCUCCCCACAGUCCGCGCCACGGUCACUGCCAUUGUUCUCGGCCUGUUCCCAUUGUUGGUUGUGUUCUUGGUGACGCCGCUUGCCCCAAAAUCGCUUUUGGCCAUGCUCGGACUGCUGUCUUGGCUGACAUUUUGGGGAAUUUCAGAUGCAGUCAUGCAUCGCGGGGCAAUGGACCAGGCGCUGGUGGCUGUUGAGGAGAUCCAGCGCCACAACAUGGGAUUGACGGCCAUGAUGUUGACGCCCGAGGUUUCAACAAAGGCGCUUGCUAUUUUCGGUCAAGCCCGCGGUAUGGGGAUAACCAUCGCGUCAUUGCUUGCGGCGGUUCUCGUCGGGUUUUCAGGUUACGCGCUAUCGCAAGUGGCACACAGCUUCCAGAGCCGGGUUGAAGGCGCGGGUUCGAAUGCGGCGGACAAAUCCGUGACACCGGAGGGACAAGGGACAUCGUUGCAGGCGGCUUCGGCCGGUUACGCGACCGCGUUGAAUAUGGGGUCACUCGGAUUCGAAAGCCACGCCACAGCAUCCGCUUUUGCUAGCGGGUCAGGAUUAAGUGCAUCGCAACAGUAUCUUGAGGCGACGUCUUCGAUGGGCAUGUCGCACGGCGAUGCCAUUCGGGCGAAGGGUGCAAUAAGUGCGGGUUUUGACUUUGGUGGCCUGCUGGCAAAUCAAGGCAACGUCUCAAAAAGUGGCGGUGACCCGAUGUCGCCAGGCGAUAUUUUUUCUGUUGCGAGUGAGGUCACUAACCUGGAACAAGCCCAAAGGUUUGGUGAGGCGCGAGGUAAAGUAGACGGCAUGAGUAGUAUGGGCUUCGACAAUGCAAAUGACUUCGGCCAUUUCGUGAGUACCUACCAAACACUCAUGUCGGCUGGUGAAUCCAGAACUCACGCGUCCAAUAUCGAAUCGUUCAAGGAUAUCCAUGCGCAACGGACCGGUCGGGCGCUCAGUGACGGCGACGCAGCGCAAGCCUAUUCCGAAAUGCGUUUGGCCAGUAUCACUGGCGAUGUGAAUGCAUUCAACGGAGAUGCGGACCGCGCAGUCGACUUCAUGACCAACAAUCGACACCUGGCGGAUCAUCAUCUUGCCGGGAUUAUGGGUGGCGCCCAUGCAAUGGGUGUGGAUCCUGGGCAGUUAGCGGAAUCCGGCGGGAAAAUGCAGGCCGCGAUGCAAAGCGCGAAUAUGUCGCAGCUGGCGGAUAUGACGGUCGGUGAGGUGGCGUCUGGGGCAUUUGCGAAUCAAGUGAUGUCGACACAAAGUGGCUUGGCACUAGCGGAGGUGAUGUCCGAACCAGGCUUCAUGGCGGGCACGGCCGACCUUGCGCAAAAUGAAACCCUUGUUCGAAACGCGAAUUCCGAACAGCUCGAGAAUCUUUCUGAUGCGUCCGGCAUACCGAUUGAACAACUUGCGAUGGCUCAGGCUGGAGCAAACCGAAGCUUUGGUUAUGGUACCGACAACGUCGACGGGCUUGUACGUGGCGGGGUGAUGACGGGUGACCAGGCUGCUGUUGUGGGCUCUGGUGGGGUAGCCACGGUAUCUCUCGAUUCGGACGGAGAGGUGAUGGCGAGCAGCGUAAGGACCGGCGGUUCGGCCGCUGUCGACAAUUCAACGCGCGUCGAUCAAAGUUUUAGCGCGGGUGGCGCGUUUGGUGCUUCAGCGUUAUUAACAAGCCCCGAUAACGAGGAUCAACUGGAACAAGUCCUUCGUGCCACCGACGGCGACGGGGUGGCAAGAGAUGCCUUGAAGAUGGAUAUGGCCUCGUUUAUCGGCCGCGUUCAAAGUUCGGGGGUGACGCUAUCGCAGUCUGCGGGCGCUGAGGCCCACGCGAGUUAUAGCGUACCAGGGGCUGCUGAGUUCCUGACGGGACUGGACGCUGGCGUUAAAGGUUCCGUUUCUGGGAGGGCAGCAGACUCAACUACCUACGAUGUCAAUUACGCAGCUGUCGAUCAGGUAUUCGCUCAGUCGUAUUCGGCAGCAAAGGCGGACGUCCAAUCAAUCGCCAGUGAAAGGGUUGCGAGCGGAGAAGCGGUGACGGCCGAAGAUCGGGAGGACAUUCUAUUUGAUCGGUUCGCCUCACACCUAAACAACGAUAUGGGGGCGUUGGUGACCAACCUUAAAGCCAAUCAAAUUGACGCUAUGAUCAUCGCCGAGGACAUGGAGGAAGUGCCGAGACAAGAAGAGGGAAUAAGUGAAGCGGACUUCGAAGAGGUUGAUGUCAAACUAUUGCUCGCCAUUGCCACUGUUGAAAGCCAGUUCGACAUGACCGCCACAAACCUCAACCGCAAUGGCAGCACCGAUUAUGGAGUCAUGAUGAUCAACAGCCAUUGGGAACCGAAACUAGAGAAGCUGGGUAUUACAUGGUCCGAAGUACAAACAUCGCAUUGCCUCAAUAUCCACGUGGGCGCAUGGGUAUUGGCCAGCAAUUUCGCGCGCGUUGGUGUUAAUUGGUACGCUGUGGGCGCCUAUAACGCGGGAUUUGGAACCUCAGAGCGGACACGAAUGAACCGACUUCGUUACGCGUCCAAAGUGCACAAUGCGCUGACUACGAUUGAGAUCCAACACUGA